CAAAGUAAACGGACAUUGGAGCACUAUCUAGGGGACUGUCCUACUUCUCCCGCGGAGGAAACUAAACCGACUUUAGUUGCUGUCCUCCCGUGUUUGCGGAAAGUUGUGUGGAAUAAUAACCGGAAACUUCCUCGUGGCUCGGGUCGUGAAGAAAGGGUUAUCCAACAGUAAGAUGAAACCAGAGCUGGAGGACCAGAAUGGCUGCACACUUUAAACACCUGGAAUUCUACUUUCUUUGACAACAUCUCACACAUUUGCCAAAGGACCCUGGAAGGAACUCUCCUGAACGCCUGAAACCUAGUUUCAUUUCUUCCUGUGGAUUAUAAAUAAGAGACUGCCAUCAUGCCUAUUCUCAAGCAAUUGGUGAACAACUCUAACCAGUCGAAGCGGCGGUCCCGGGCUGACCUGACCGCAGAGAUGAUCAGUGCUCCGUUGGGGGACUUCCGCCACACCAUGCAUGUUGGCAGGGGAGGAGAUGCCUUUGGGGACACUUCAUUCCUUAGCACCCGAUCAGGGGAACCUCCCAAGGAGCCAGACACAAAGCAUGGCUCCCCAGGUGCCAAACCAGGGUUGCUGUCUCGCACCUUCAGAAGCAGCAAGCGCUCUCAGUCUGUAAACCGAGGGGACAAGUAUGAGUACAAUAUGAUGGCGCCUUCUGGUGGUGCCUCUAGCUAUGUGAAAACCGCCAUAUCCCUGCCCUACCUAAACGAUGAGGAUACUAACAGAGGACACCAAUUGCCGAAGAGCGUUUCCUCAAGCCCAAUGAAAAGGCUGACGGAGACUGAAAACAAGCCGGUAAAUGGAGCAGCAGCGAUGGCAACAUUGGAUCCGGAGUUCGACGAGCGUAAUUUUGGUGAACUUACAGAUUUGCCUCCGUCCAUGCCUAAGGGAGGAGGAAUGAAGCACGCAGAGUCUAUGAUGUCCUUCCACGUUGACUUGGGACCUUCCAUGCUCGGGGACAUCUUGAGUGUGAUGGAAAAGAAAGGCUGGGAGGAGGACGAUCUCGGCUACGAAGAAGGCAAGGGUAGCGAGGGCCGUGCAUCACCCUUACCCAUUCCCCACAUCGAUGAUGAUGUGGAAGAGCAGGCCCCUGCAAGGCCACCUCGCAGCAUGUACCAGCAAAAGGCCAUGGUGGAUCCCUAUACUCCAGAGCUACACACCAGGAACAACCACCACAACCUGGAUAGCUGCUCUGUGUCCAGCUCCGGCUCAGCCAUUGAGGAGAAGCCUCAGUACCACCUCCAGGACGGCGACACGGACAGUGCAAAAUACAGUUCGCCACGUGGGGAGGAUGACAGAGAUUUCACCUUCAUGGAUGAUGACGAUGAUGAUGAGAUCCGAGUGUAGGCUAAAUUGGUACCACUGCCAUGAGACACUAAUUGAGAAGACCAAGUGUUGGGAGGCUAUCACAAGCUGGGAAAGGCAAGGGAGGGAGUUGGAGGCAGGGCCACAUCUGCUUUAAGCUUGUUGUAGAUCAAUCUAAUCUCUGUAAACUGUUCAACAUCAUAAAUAAAACCAAUUAAGCCUUACUCACUGUGCUGUAGCAAGGAGACGUGAGCUGAGUGCAAACACACCGGCUCCCAAAGUGGAAGUCUUGAAAUGUUUGGGCUGUUAAUUGUUGCACAUGCUUUGCAACAUAAAAAACUCUGAACUCAUUAUUUUUGGAAAAUUGUUCAUUUUCAAAUCACACCGGCUCCCAUGUUCCAACCUUGUCCUUGUCAGAGGUGCAUUAACAAAGAAAAAAAAAAAGCAAGCCAUUUGUUAUGAGCACCAUACUCAUUUUUAAGGAUUAAACAGUGACCAUGAGGUCAGAGAAGCGUACCCCAGCUGUCCGUCACAUGAAUAUCACAUUUGGAGUGUGAUGUGUGGUGUGAGGUGAGGAGAAGGACAUGCAAGGUCAGAAGUACAGCGUGGAUGUAUUCAACAGCUUCAGAAUGAGGAAGAGAGAAAGGACAAGAAGUGAAACUCAGACUGUGUGUGGCGGUGAUCAUGGAGCUUCAUAUGCCAAUGACAAUGUUUUGGCACAGACACAAAAUAGAUAAAGUACUUAUUACUUUUGUCUACAUUUGACUUUUGCGGGUGGGGGGGUUCUGUCAUUUUCUGCUAUUUUAUUUUACUUGUGUUGAUGUAGAUACAGUAUCUGGAAGUUGGUCUACUGUUGUAGAGCCUGAUGUGUUUGAGUCUGGUAUUCCAUUAUGUUAAUAUCAUUUUGCUGCUGUCUCACUUUGGCAAGGUCUUAAUUCUUUAAAUUCACAGACAGCUGUGGUAUUUAUUCUUUCAUUUUCAUAAGGGAUGGAUCAUUCUUAAUGUGCACUGUUAGGUCUUAAAAGUUGUGAUUUGGGUUUUUUCUGAUAUGUUUAACUUCUUAUAAAAACCGGUACUUCAGAUUCAGCCAUCUUCUUUCCAUAGAAGUUUGCUACAAGGCACUUAAUUAUUGGACUCAAGUAGACAUUGUAUCGUUGAUGUCACAUGACUCCUGCGAUCACUGCCGUGGUAAGGCAAUAUUAGUUGACAGUGACAAAUUUAAAUCUUCAGAAAGGAGGCCUUUUCUAUGUGUUCUCGGUCUUAUACUUUUUUAAACACAGUAGUAGCGAUUGUGACUAAUUAUGUGUAUUUCUGUGUCGUCACGUCUCACUCAUCUUCCGCAUGAACAAAGAGGCUGGUGGGAUUGGCAGGUCAGCAUAGACACUUGAGUUUGAAAGGGACUUGCUGCAGUAGAAAAGUGAUUAUAUGAAAAUGAAUAGUUAUGGCUCUUUCCAAAACACACCUCAACUCUCUAGACGUGUGUUCAGGCUUGUCUGUGAGGAUGUAAAAACAUGUACAAAGUGUUAGCAGAGCGCAGCUUCUUAAUAGAUGGGCAUCAGGUAUGUCUUGGGGCAGUGAGAGUGGCAGAUAUUUCCUGAAAUGGCCCCCGCAAGUGAUAAUAUUCACCUCCUCUGCACAACCCAAAUCACACAGUAGGAACAGAUGUUUAAAUCAACCAAUCAUCUGGCCUUUCCCAGUCUACUCAUUAAAUGUGCUGGAUUACUGGCCCCCAACCAGCUGGAACUGCUCCAGGAACAGCAGGGUCAGGAACAUGCAGGUGGGCUCUUUCUCUGGCUUUUUUGUGUUUAGUUGACUCACUCAGUAAGCUCCACUGGGUUAAGUUCAGUUAUUAAAAAAGAGGGCAGAAAAGUAGGCGUACUUUCCUCUCUGGUGUCGAUGAUUAAUGUCUGACCUUUUUGCACUUUGUAUUGGAAAACUAAUUGGCAUUGGUUUGUGAAAAGUGGGGGCUUUGAAUUUCCUGUUAUGACAUUGAUGCAGGGGUGUGUACGUAAAAUCAGGAUGCUGUGCCGUUCUGUCUUGGGUCAUUUUAAUGUAGUGGUACCAUGUCUAAAGGUUGCAAGAAGUUCUGAAAUCAAAAGCAAUCUGGAGAAAAUUGCAAAGUAUGUUCUAACAAUGUCAUUGGGUAACGUUAGCAGAACGUUGGAUUUUGUGUAUUUUUUACCUAUGUAUAGAUAUGCAGUAUGAUGUGAGUCAGACCUCUUUCAUAUUUUGAUGUAAGUGGGCCAAACUUUACUGUCUUUUGUUUUGAAUGAUCCAUUAUGGAAUGUGUAGUUUGUGGAUUGUUUGGGCAGCUGCAAUCCUUCAUGUUCAUCACAAAGAAAUGGACACUACAAAAGAACACAAACACUCCUUAUCUGCCGUCAUUUUAAUCAAGUAUUGUAAAUAUAAUGUGUGCCAUUGAUAAUUACAGUAAACAAUCUGUUAUCGGCAGUGUGACGAAGUGGUCAUAGCCUGAGAACCAGAAGAAUGUUAGUGGUUUUAACACUAAAUUUAGAGUAUUUGUGGCCAAAUUGUAUUUGCAAGUAUGAUUUCAAAUCUUCCACCAAUCUGGCAACCCAGACUGGUUGAAUUUAGAAGAGGUAAAUAGAGAAUUAUGGAAAGGUACACUAAGUUAAACUGAGAUACUUUCUUGUAAUUGUCUUAACUUUCUGGCAUUUGUCAUGUUUCUCUCUGGGAAACUCUUAAGUAGGCCAGAACAAACCAUAUAAAGGAAUUUGCAAAUACUUUCUGCCUCAGGUCUGCUUAAAAGUUUUCCGUGCCCUGACAGAAGUGGUUUUGGUGAGUGGCAAAAAAAGAUAAGGACUGCAAAAAACAAGUGGCUAAAAGUUCAGCUCUAGAAUGUUUUUCUUUCUUUUCUUUUAUUCAGUGGCUGUAGUGUUAUGCCAAGUAUGUGCUGUUUUCUUUUCCUAUUCCUUAUUCUGGUUUUACAGUAUAUUAAUAUAUUUACCUUCCUCACUUUCCUGUCUUUGGAAUAACAGCUAUAUUUUCCAAUAAAAGACAAAGCUGGUAAUCUUUAA